CACUGUUUCUACACUUCAACACGUCAUCUGUAUGUUAUGCUGUCAUAGUCACUGUUUUAUCGUAAUAGUAUUAAUUUUAAUGAUAUUUAUUAUUAGUAACGUGAAUUCAAUAUGGUGCUCAUAGCAGCUACAGUAUGCACAAAAUCCGGGAAAGCUUUAGUCUCACGUCAAUUUGUGGAGAUGACGAAAGCCCGCAUCGAAGGUUUGCUCGCUGCGUUCCCGAAACUAAUGACUAGCGGCCGACAGCAUACCUUUGUCGAAACAGAAUCAGUCAGAUAUGUUUAUCAACCAUUAGACAAAUUGUAUAUGUUGCUAAUUACUACAAAAGCCAGCAACAUCUUGGAGGAUUUGGAGACUCUUCGUUUAUUCAGUAGAGUGGUGCCAGAAUACUGCACUCAAUUGACAGAGGCCGAGAUUUUGAACCAGGCUUUUAACCUUCUGUUCGCAUUUGAUGAGAUUGUGGCACUUGGUUAUAGGGAGAGUGUCAAUUUGGCGCAGGUUCGCUCAUUUGUUGAAAUGGAUUCUCAUGAGGAGAAGAUUUAUCAAGCAGUUAGACAGACACAAGAACGCGAAGCGGCUAACCGUAUGCGAGAACGCGCCAAAGAGUUACAGAGGGAGAGAUUAGAAGCGGCCAAGCGGGGACAACCGCCGCGCUCCCAAAUGUCUUUCGGAAGUGGAUUCGGCAGUUCGUCAGUAUCCUCAGCGUCCGUGGAGCCGAUUGCAGAGAAAUUACCAACAACUCCUGCACGAGAAACCCGACCAGUGACGCGUUCAGCCAUGAAGCUGGGCUCGCGCGGCACCGAUGCAGACUCGUUCGUGUCGCGGCUGCGCUCGGAGGGGGACAUCGCGGCGACGCCUGUGGGGCCCGCGGUCACCACCGGCGGUGCCAGCGGCGCCCGAUCCGACCAGCCCGCGCUUAACCAGAAGGAUGUGCACCUUCGAUUCGAAGAACGCCUCAAUUUGAUCGCGGGCCGUGACGGAGACAUACAAAGCUUUGAAUUAUCAGGCUUACUGACGCUGCGUAUAAGCAAUGAACAGUUUGGGCGCAUACACGUGCACGUCGACAAUAAGGACACCAGGUCUUUGCAGUUACAGACCCACCCGAACGUGGAUAAGGAGUCGUUCAGGUCCCAGGGCGUGAUCGGGCUGAAGCAGGCGCAGCGGCCGUUCCCGCUGCACAGCGACGUCGGGGUGCUCAAGUGGCGGCUCACGGGCGCCAACGACGACAAGCUCGCGCCGCUGUCCGUGAACUGCUGGCCUUCCGAGGGCGCCAACGGCAGCUGCGACGUAAACAUCGAGUACGAGCUGGAGCAAGACCACCUCACGCUCACAGACGUCAACAUCAACAUACCGCUACCUUCUGGCAACACACAAGUCGUGGUGCACCAGUGGGAAGGUAGCUACACACAAAAGGGCCGCUCCCUCAUAUGGAGCAUUCCAGUCGUGAAUGCUCAGCAGAAAACCGGCAGUCUGGAGUUUACCGUGACUCCAGCUAUUCCCAAUGACUUCUUCCCUCUAACGGUGACUUGGACAUCGGAUACCUCACUGGCUCUCCUGACGGCCACGAAGGUGACACAAGCGGAAGACGGUUCCCCUGUCGACUACUCACAAGAGAUCAGCUUCCACCCCGACAAAUAUGAAAUUGUUUAAUUUUUUUUUUUAAUUUCUAAUUCAUCAGUUUGAGCCAUGGUCUUUGUACACAUUCCUUUAAAAAGAAAAGUGAAAUGUUUUAAUGAAUAAUAUUCCUACCUGCAUUCUUGACAGAUUCUUGAUGAUUAUAUGAAAGUAAAAAAAAAAAAAACAUUUUAUUACCUUUUAAAUAGUCGAGCUCUUAAGUCUAAGGCGAGACUUUGCCUCCCUUCGUGUUUUCUACCACUUGUGUAACGGAUUAUUUUCUAAGAAAUUGUUUAAAAUGAUGCCUACAGCCAUCUUUUAUAAUCGCACUGCUCGCUAUCGAUAGGGAAUUCAUCCUCACGUACAGUGCGGUUUCAAAGAAAUUUUCUUGUACGAACACUCAGGCUGUGGAAUGAGCUCCCUGCAAAAGUUUUCUCUAGAGAUUACAGUAUGGGGUACUUCAAAAAGGGUAUUAAGGUUUCUACAGGAUCCCCUAGUGUUGCAGGCGUCGAUAGGGCUACAGUGACCUCUACCAUCAGAUAUUCUGUAUGCUUGUUUGCCACCUUUGUAGUAUAAAAAAAAACAAACGAUUCAAUUAAAAAUAAUUAUAUUAUUUGUUAAUACAUUCUAUACAUAAAGAAAUUGGAAUAAAAAU